UCUGAUAUUGGCUACGUCAUUUCCAGGGGCAUACAGGAAAUGUGAUGUGGCUGUACGACUUUCACAAUGUCUGCCAUCUUUAACUUCCAGAGCCUCCUCACAGUCAUCUUGCUGCUCAUCUGUACAUGUGCUUACAUCCGAGCCCUUGCUCCCAGCUUGCUUGACAAGAACAAAACCGGAGUUUUGGGCAUAUUCUGGAAGUGUGCAAGAAUAGGUGAACGGAAGAGUCCAUAUGUGGCUUGCUGCUGUGUCAUCAUGGCCCUGACUAUUUUGUUCUCGGAAUAGCUCUGUUGUACGGAGUGGAGGAGAAGGGAAGAUGACUGCGGUCCAACAGCAACCACAACAAGUGAAGACUCUAUUGCAGAGAUCAAGAUUGCCGUUUAUCAAUGUUGAGGCCGAUUUAGAUUCGGUCUGCUAUCGCAAUAAGGAUCAGUGCUGAAGCAGAGUGGUUAUGGUUGGGCCAAAGACUGGAGUACAUGGUGUUCAUUAUUCAUCUCUCAGUCUGUGGAACCUUCCAGAAAUUGAGCAGCAGAGUUGCCCCCUGCAAUGUUUGUCAUCCCCGUUGGCACCUUUCAUGAACCCCCAUAAUGCCAACAACAUUAUUUAUCAGAUUAUCAGAGGCUUGCGGCUUUUGGAAAGUUGAUCACGUCCUUCCAUCAUCCUGAACAUAAAAUACUGUAUUACCCGUGAUAUUAUUUCUUUUAAGUCAUUAUCCCACACUUCAAAGAGAUGGGUCUCAUCAGCGCAAGUACUGUAGUCUUACCUCUUUCUGCUGCGGCAUUGAGUGAUUGAACAAUGUUUUGAUGAAUUGUGUGACCAGUGGCUAAGUUAAACCAACUUAAAGAUUUAUUAAAAAGAAACAUGUUUUUGGACAGUACUAAAAGGAAAAUGUUUUUGUUUGUUUUUUUUUUUUCCUUUUAAUGGUUUCUGAGAAGUGUGGUUUCAAACUUCAUUCCAGCUGAAGUGUUUGCCAGGGAACUCCGGAGAGGAUUGUUGUUCGAUAUGGCCACUUUGAAACAUUCUCUAAAUUUAAACAGAUGUACAGUUUAACUUUUACAGUAUUUGAAAAAAUCUCUUUUGAAAUUUGGUUUGGCAAUCUUCUCAAAAGGCUCCAUUGUUAUCAAAAUAAGUACAUUGAUAUCUUGAU